AUGACGCCCGUCAGGAGCAACAGCAAUAGCAAUAGCAACGCCGCCGCCGCUGGUCCAACGACCGCCUCGGUCUCCGGUUUUAAAGCCUUUUUAUGCUUUCAACCACUUAGCGGUGGUCCCUGCCCCGCCCCUACCAUCGUGCCGACCCCGGGCCGAACCAGCAAUCUCGGCCCCUUCUCACAGACCUGCCAAUCCGGCCGACUUCCUAGACAAGGAGAGGGAGACGGACACGCCUUCUUGGUCGCUGAAGGCGAGAGAGUUGAGGGAGAACCGCUUCGCACCCUUUUUAUACAUGGAAUCUGCACUACGUUAUCAAGAAUCUUCUCUCGAAGGUCUGCAGCGUGCUAUACAAGAACGCCUUCCCCCUUUUUCCCUCCUGCCCUCGUUUCCAUGAAAACUCCCAACUCCCGCCCGCAUAAGACCACGGAACUGUGCCCACUGGCACGGCGAUUAAUCAUCACCACCAUCACAACCCAAAAAACACUCCGGCUCCCAGCAUGA